AAAGAGAGGAGUAUUGUGCAUUGCGACGGACUACUCUCACGAGGCGUCGACUCCUCUGAAGCUCCUUCCAUUCUCAACUCAUCAGUAUCACUUGGCAUUUCACAAAACAUCACAAGCGCCUAUUCAUCCCUCAAUUUUCUCAUCAGUACCCUAACACAUAUCAUCACCACACAGAACAUUCAGCAAUGGCGGAUAUUGUUCUCGCAUCGCUUAACACGGUGACGCUGAUUUUCGGCGGCUGCUGUUCGAAUGUCUUUGCUCUGGAGAAGAUCAUCAAGACUGAACCUGACAGCGGUCUUUUGAUCACGCUUGCUCAGUUCAUCUUUACUGCACUCGCUGCAUCAUUCUCGCAAAUCACACCGACACUCACUUUGAAGUCGCCAUCGGUGCCCAUGAGCAAAUGGGCCUACAUCGCACUCAUGUUCUUUGGAGUCAAUAUGCUCAACAACUGGGCAUUCGCCUUCAACAUCUCCGUGCCAGUCCACAUAAUUCUGCGGAGCUUUGGCAGCGUGACGACCAUGUUGGCAGGUGCAUUGCAGGGCAAACGCUACACUUGGCUUCAAGUGACCAGUGUGAUCAUCCUUACAGUCGGUGUUCUCGUCAGCGCAUUCGCAGAUGCUGGCAGCAAGGGCAAAUCCGUCGAAGCCUCCAGCGGCGAUCUCGGCUCCGGUCUUCUCAUCCUUUUGGCCGCUCAGAUCCUCUCGGCCUACAUGGGCGUCUACGUCCAAGACACAUACGCCAAAUACGGCUCCCACUGGCGCGAAAAUCUCUUCUACAGCCACUUCCUAUCGCUCCCCCUGUUCUUUCCUCUGGCUGGCACUCUCCGUCGUCAAUACGCUAACCUCGCAUCAACGCCCGUCCUCGACUUUCCACCUAGCCUUCCCGUCCUCAAAAGCCUCGAGAUGCCUUCUGGUAUCGCAUACCUUCUUCUCAACUCCAUGACGCAAUUGUUGUGUAUAACAGGCGUCAAUCUUCUAUCCGCUCAAGCUUCUGCCGUUACAGUCACCAUCGUACUCAAUGUCAGAAAACUUGUCAGUUUUGUGGCAUCGACUAUCAUGUUCGGUCACAGUUUGAGCGGUAUGAUGUGUGUGGGUGCUGGAUUGGUAUUCGGAGCCGGCGCGCUUUAUGGCUGGGAAACCAGUUAUAGGAUUCCUUCUGCUGCCAAGGCGAAGAAGGUCAAGGAGGGCAAGAAGCAGUAGAAUCUUUAUGCCCGCUAGAUUGUGAGGGCGACAGUUGCUCUCAUUCUACUGGAGUCCGAUUUCGUGGGUUUUGGGGGGAAGAUAUAGACGGGGUAUCGUUCACGAAUUGCUCGAACGAAUCAAGCACUUGAAUCAUAAUGAGCAUGUCUCUCCAACGACUUGCGAGAAACGAAUACCUUCUUUCCAUUGCGACUAGAUGUUUCCUC